AUUAUCUUUAAAAAGAGAACUCAUUCAAAUAAACAAUCACCAAAACAACAUUGUGUUACUUUUAAAGAAAACUUUUGGGGUGAAGUAGGAAACUAUAAACAAGCAUUGCUAGGAAAGGUUGAAUAAAGAGCUAUUGUAGAAUAACAUAAACAAACAACUUAGAAAGUCUCUAGCUUGAGGAAAUAGUCUGUGGCAAUCUGUGGCCCUGAGUGGGAGGACAUUGCCUAUCUGGUGGUGUUUGGAAAUAUUGUAGAAACAUUUUUGGUUGUCUCAAAUGGGUGAGGGGGCACACACUGGCAUUUAGUGGGCACGAGCCAGGGACGUUAAGUGUUUUGCAAUGCCUAGGGCAGUUUCACUCAGCGAGGAAUUGUCCUGCCAAAAAUGCCAUUGCCCUCUGACAAACACUGGUGAUUGUGAGCUGGGGCCUGGCACAACUGGAAAAAGCUUUUUAAGCUGAAGUUAUUAAGCUCUUACAGAAACAUAAUUUCAACACACCAUAUCCUUUGCCAUUAAUUCCCACUUGAAAAAAAUCACAGACAUAAAAGAAGGAUUUACUAGAGGAAUUGGGGCUACUUAAAAUGUAUGUAUACUCUUUGUUCUCGAGUAGCCAUUUUAACAGCAGAAGUUGGGGCACCUCGCUGUGUCUACUGGAAGUCUGGGAAGUGAAGGGUCUUAGGCAGUACGGUGGCAUAACAGUCUGUAAAUUGGCCAUAUAUUUUUUUUCUUUAAAGUACCUUUUUACACCUUGACCUAGUAAUUUUGAAGAAAAUUUCAAAGCAUUUUUGCAUUUACUGUCAUGAUCUCUGUGAUAUUAUAUGGUUGCCUACUUACAUUGAGGAUAUAUUACAGUUGAGUUCGAUUUUCCAUGUCUGCCAUCUUUUCAGUAACCAAAUCCCCUUCCACAAAUCCAUGUGCCAAAAAAGAAGUCUGAGGAGUUAGGCCGGAAUAGGACUCAGGUUUAGAGGGAAGAGGAUGGGUUUUGGACUCAGACCUAAGGUAAAAUUCCAGUACUGUUACUGUGCAUCAUGUGAUGGUAAGCAAGUUGCUAAAUCUCUUUGACUUUGAUUUCAUUUGUAAAUUGAGGAUGAUAAUACUUACCUUUCGAUGAUUUCGAAGAUUAGGGCUAACUGUAUGUCCAGGGAGCUGUAUCAGUAGUCAUGAUUAUGGUGAUAAUGAAAAGUUCUGUAGCAACUGAACACCUGGCAUGCUCAUUUGCUGGAUUGCACAGCAAGGAAGAGUCUGCAGGACCAGAUCAGGAAGAGAUGGGUUCUAGACGUUUUCAGUUGGUGUGUAGAAUGUAUUUGUCCAUGAAUCAGCCGUAAGAUGUACUGUUUUCUGUAGUCCUCUAAGCUGCAGAGCUCUGUCAUGCUAUAGACUAAGUUAGGUUUGUGAGGACUAGCUUGAGGACAGACAUCCCACUGUGAGUGUUGGGCACAGAGCUUUGGAUGUGACAGAGGUUCAGUAAAACAAAACAAAAUAAAACAAAACAAACAAACACAUGUGUCUGUUGUCUGUGUUUAGCACAUGGAACCAAUUGGCUGUCACAUGGCUUACUAGUACUCGCAAAUGUUCUCAUUUUCAUACAGAUUAUUUCUAAAGUCAGCACCCCUCUCCCCAACUCUCAGUUUACACGUGGGUUUUGUGUUCACAGAAAAUAUCAGAUGUUCUUUGUCUUAACCAGAUGCACAAAAGAGACCACUUUCCCUGGCUUUUAGGAGUCAUGUGGCCAAAACUCCUUACAGUCUGGGCAUGAGGCUACUCUUCAUUUUCUUAGCUUCCUUUCUUCUGCUUCCUAGCGCAACUCUUUCACAGUAGCUUUGUGGUUGUAACAGAGGGCUGGCUGGGUCCAGGCAAGGGUGGGACACAGCUGUGGCCCUGCAGAGAGAAGGUCUGAUUUCUGUGCUUGGUUUAUGUAUAGGUAAGUGGGCGGCAGUCUGUGUUUUCUAAGAUGCUUUUGUGUAAAAAUCAAAUAUACAGCCUGUAAACAUGAAAACAGUGCAUUCCUCUAUGGAGGUCAUCCUUAUGAGCAAGUCACAUUUUAUUGUGAGCGGUACAGAAUUUUCAGUUAGAAUAUGUUGAUUUUCUGUAUAAAUUCAUUUUUUUUUAAUGAAGCAUAAAGAUUUUUACCUAAAGCUGCAGGCCCAUCUGUUCUGGGUUGGAGAUUUAGGUAGAAGAAAGAGAAACCUGGAUUGUAAUCUUCCAGAUUCUGGUGGAACUAUCUCAGGAUUUCUGGUAGGUCCUCUUUUAGGAUAAGAUGCUGUAACUGUUGAAACGCCAGUCUGCACUGAUUCACAGACAGUUGGCUUUUCAGCUGAGAAGCCUUUUUCUCCCCGCCUUGCUGGUUUACUGAACUGAUGAAACCAUGGCAGAAGGAGAGACAGAAUCACCUGGGACCAAAAAGCGCGGCCCCUACAUUUCAUCUGUCACUAGCAGGAGUGUGAACUUGAUGAUUCGUGGAGUGGUACUAUUUUUUAUUGGAGUAUUUCUUGCCUUAGUGUUAAAUUUACUUCAGAUUCAGAGAAAUGUGACGCUCUUUCCACCUGAUGUGAUCGCCAGCAUCUUUUCUUCAGCGUGGUGGGUACCGCCGUGCUGUGGCACAGCCUCAGCUGUGAUUGGGUUAUUAUACCCCUGCAUUGACAGGCAUCUAGGAGAACCACAUAAAUUUAAAAGAGAGUGGUCCAGUGUGAUGCGGUGCGUAGCCGUCUUUGUUGGUAUAAAUCAUGCCAGCGCUAAAGUGGAUUUUGAUAACAACAUACAGUUGUCUCUCACACUGGCUGCACUCUCCAUUGGACUAUGGUGGACGUUUGAUAGAUCUAGAAGUGGUUUUGGCCUUGGAGUAGGAAUUGCUUUUUUGGCAACCUUGGUCACUCAACUGCUAGUCUAUAAUGGUGUUUAUCAAUAUACAUCUCCAGAUUUUCUCUAUGUUCGUUCUUGGUUACCAUGUAUAUUUUUUGCUGGAGGCAUAACGAUGGGAAACAUUGGUCGACAACUGGCAAUGUAUGAAUGUAAAGUUAUCGCAGAAAAAUCUCAUCAGGAAUGAAGAAGG